GCCCUUGCUCCUGUCCAGCCGGUCCCACAUACAGCCUUAAAAACAGAACACCUGCCAUGUUGCCCUUUCAAGUUUCAACCCCCACCCACAGGCCACAGCGCACACACACAGUAUCUUUGGAUGGAAAGCGAAAACCCUCCAACCAGGCUCCAGUAAGAGCCACCUGCACCGGCUAUCAUUAAAGCAAUCAGUCCAGGCGUUAAGACAAUCAGCCCUCCUAAUCCCACCCUAAUCAGCUCCUCCACCUCCCAAAUCUGCCAUUAUAUCCCAAGAUUCCCUGCUCACUCUAUUUCUACAGCUUCUAGUACUCUCCGCACAAGCAGCCCCAUCCAUGAUAGUGCUGCCUCUGAGCUAAGGUGCUCUCACCUACCCACCCGCUCACCCUGACCCCAGUCCCCGCCGGCGAUGGCCGCAAUGCCGGCGCCGGCAGCGGGCUUGGCCGUCCUGGUGCUCUUCGCCGCCGCCCUGCCGGCCCUUUCUGCCGAUGACCUCAACACCGACGCACAGGCGCUGCAGGCGCUGCGCUCGGCGGUCGGCCGCUCCGCGCUGCCAUCGUGGAACAGCACCACGCCCACGUGCCAGUGGCAGGGCGUCACCUGCGAGAGCGGCCGCGUCGUCGAGCUCCGCCUCCCGGGGGCCGGGCUCAUGGGCAACCUCCCCUCGGGCGUGCUCGGCAACCUGUCGGCGCUCCGCACGCUGUCCCUCCGGUACAACGCGCUCACGGGGCCCAUCCCCGACGACCUCUCCCGCCUGUCCGAGCUCCGGGCGAUCUACUUCCAGCACAACAGCUUCUCUGGCGAGGUCCCAGCGUCGCUGUUCGAGCUCAAGAACCUCGUGAGGCUGGACAUCGCAGGGAACAAGUUCAGCGGCAAGAUCUCGCCGGACUUCAACAAGCUGAUCCGCCUCGGGACGCUGUACAUGGACGGGAACAGCUUCACCGGUGAGAUCCCAAAGCUGCAGCUGCCUGCAUUGGAGCAGUUCAACGUGUCGUACAACCAGCUCAACGGGUCCAUCCCCAACACGCUCCGGAAGAUGCCGAAAGACUCGUUCUUAGGCAACACGGGCCUCUGCGGCGGUCCACUCGGCCUGUGCCCCGGCGAGUCCGCGCCCACGGCGGCCGGGUCGCCGGAGUCGCAGCCAGGCGCGGGCGGCGCAGCCGACGUCGGUGGCGGCAAGAAGAAGAAGCUCUCCGGCGGCGCCAUCGCUGGCAUUGCCAUCGGCUCCGUGUUCGGCGUGCUGCUCUUGCUCGCCCUGCUUUUCUUCCUCUGCCGGAAGAGGUCUAGCGCGCCCCGGUCGGCGGCGGCGGUGGAGAAGGGGCAGGAACUCGGCAUGGGGCCGAUGGAUGUCGAGCCAAAGGGACAGAACGGCUCAGCAUCAGCAGGUGGCGCAGGCAGCCACAACGGCUCUGCGGCGGCCAUGGCAGUUCCUGCCGCCGCCGCCGCCGCCGCUACGGCGGCAGCGAAGACCGGCGGGUCGACCGGGUCCAAGAAGCUCAUCUUCUUCGGCCCCAUGGCGGCGGCCCCGCCGUUCGACCUCGAGGACCUGCUGCGCGCUUCAGCGGAGGUGCUGGGGAAGGGCGCGUUCGGGACGGCGUACAAGGCGGUGAUGGAGAACGGGUCCGCCGUGGCGGUGAAACGGCUCAAGGACGUGGACCUCCCGGAGCCUGAGUUCCGGGAGCGCAUCGCGGUCAUAGGCGCAGUGCAGCACGAGCUGGUGGUGCCCCUCCGCGCCUACUACUUCAGCAAGGACGAGAAGCUCCUCGUAUACGACUACAUGUCCAUGGGCAGCCUCUCCGCCCUGCUGCACGGGAACCGCGCCUCCGGCCGGACGCCGCUGGACUGGGAGACGCGGUCGGCGGUCGCGCUGGCGGCGGCUCGCGGCGUGGCGCACAUCCACUCCACGGGGCCCACGGCGUCGCACGGCAACAUCAAGUCCUCCAACGUCCUUCUCACCAAGAACUACGAGGCGCGCGUGUCGGACCACGGCCUCCCCACGCUCGUCGGCCCCUCCUUCUCGCCCACCAGGGUGUCCGGCUACCGCGCACCGGAGGUCACCGACAUCCGCCGCGUCUCGCAGAAGGCCGACGUCUACAGCUUCGGCGUCCUCCUGCUGGAGCUGCUCACGGGGAAGGCGCCCACGCACGCCGUCGUCAACGAGGAGGGGCUCGACCUGCCGCGCUGGGUGCAGUCCGUCGUGCGGGAGGAGUGGACCGCCGAGGUGUUCGACCAGGAGCUCCUCAGGUACCAAAACGUCGAGGAGGAGAUGGUGCAGCUCCUCCAGCUCGCCAUCGACUGCUCCGCGCAGCACCCCGACAGGAGGCCCGCCAUGUCCGAGGUGGCCACGCGGAUCGACGAGAUCCGCCGCUCCAGCCUCGGCGACCGGCAGGUGGCCGACAGCGCCGAAGGCGACGAGCCAUCUCUAUAACCGCCAUAGCAGUAGCUCCUCCCCUGAUCCACCAUCACACGUACUGUGUCAAUCUCAGUGAAUGAAAAUUGCUUAGUUCUUUGCAUGGAUCGAUAUUGCUCUUGCUUCACAUCAGCAACUUGUGCAUGUAUGCUUUUUCUCUUUUUCUUCUCUUCUUUAUCUUUUUUUUUGGCCUCUUUCUCACGGGCUUUGAUGAUUCUAUUCUAUAGCACAUGUCACUGUACUCUUUUAUUCUUGGAAAGCAACAUUUGGUGAUGCCUUACUUGUA